AUGUCUCCGGAGACGGAGGGCCGCCUCCGCACGCUGCUGCUCAAGUACUGCGACUACGGCGGCAGCAGCCAGGGCGUGCGCGAUUGGAUCUCGACGCAGCUUGCGCCGUUCGCCAAGGCCAAUCCGCAGAUCGAGAUCAUCGCGUCGCGGCAGCCGGGCCGGCACCCUCACGUCAAGGCGCGCUAUCUGGCCGAUGGCGACAAAGCCCUCUCGCUCAAGGGCCUCAGCUGGCAGCAGGUCUCGAUGCGCCUCCAGUUCCUCCGCGACAGCAGACCCGUGCGCUUGCGCAAGUGGGACAAGCCGUUCCGGUCGACGCCGAGCAUCCAGGGGGAGUGGCAGCUGGGCCAGCAGCUAGCCGCGGAGCACCGCGUCAUACGAGUGUCGGGCGGCGGCGGAGGCGGCAGCUAG